AUGUCCAAACCGGUUCUCAGAGCCAGUCGUCAAGUAUUAAACGUCAACUUUCUCCUCGUCCUUUGGGUAUGGGACGGCGUCGGCGUCAAGUUCGUUGGACUUGGAAGUUUUAGCACCAGAAAUGCUCUUGAUAGAUCUGACUGGUUCUGGAAUGUACACUCUGGAAUCUUGGUAAGUGAACUCACCGAUCUGCGCAGCAUCGGUUCCAAGUUCCUCCUCUUCCUCACUCAAUCUGAUCUUGAAGAAUGGAAUUCUGUUCAAGACAAGCAACAAGAUGGAGGUGACAACGAAAGACCACAGGUCGAUAGCACAGCAAGCAGCCAAUUGGUAUCCGAGCUGCUUGUAGUGGUGGUUGAGCCAUCCACCAGCACCGCUGGCACUGAAGUCAGUAGCAAUGAUGUAGUCGGCAGCGAAAAGACCAGUCAAAACAGAACCAGUGAAUCCUCCCACACCGUGGAGACACCAGACGUCCAAACCAUCGUCAAUACCAAUGAGGUUCUUGAUGUCGACGGAGAAGUUACAGGCAAAGGCGGUCAAGACACCGAUUGGAACGGCGAAGUAGACUGGGACGAAACCGGCAGCUGGGUAGUCAAGGAACAUCCAAGCAAGACCACCACAAGCAGCAGCCAAGUUGGUGUUCACACAGGCGUAGAAACCUCUGACGGUGGCAUCUCCCGAGGAUCCACCGUUGAAUCCAAACCAUCCGAACCACAGGAACACAGUUCCCAAAACAACACUGGUGACAGAGUGAGGUCUGUACUUUGGCAAGCCGGAGCCAGCAACAGGGUCGUGUCUCUUACCGCAAAUCAGGGCGUAAGCAAGGGCACCGAAACCCGAAGCUUGGUGGACUGGUCCUCCGCCAGCAAAGUCGUAAGCACCCAGGGUAGCAAGCCAUCCGUUGGCGUUCCAUGUCCACAUAGCAACUGGGCAGUAGACAACGGUCAUCCAGCAGAACAAGAACACCAUCAUAGGUCCCAGUCUAGCUCUCUCGCAAGCACCACCGAGCAUGAUGCAUCCGGUAAUCAUGGCGAACAUACCUUGGAAAAAGCAGAAGACAAUAUCAGGAAGAGCAGCAGCAGCGUUGUUGUCUCCCAAGACCUCCAUCAAACAGAAGUUAUCGAGAGAACCCAAGAAGACAGAAGAACCAGUACCGAAGGUUAA